CAACAACCUCCCCACUUUCCAAAACCCAGUUUUGCAUCUGGGUUUUGCUUCUUCUACUGUCAAAUUCUGAAAAAAUUAUGACUUGGAAAAGUAGAGGAGAAUUCCCUUCCAGAACCGUUAUUUCUCAGAAAUGGGCACUUUUUCUCUGCUUAGGAAGCUUCUGUACUGGAAUGCUCUUCACCACCAGGAUAUGGACUAUUCCUGAACACAACAAAGGACUAGCAAGACCAACUGCUGCGGAAGCUGAAAAAUUGAAUGUACUUUCAGAAGGUUGCAAUUCCAGAAUUUUGCAAGAGAUGGAAAUGAAGCGGGAUAAAGACAUUUAUAGUGAAGUUUUCAAGAGUCAUAAUUCCAUACAAACAUUGGACAAGACUAUUUCGAACCUAGAGAUGGAAUUGGCUGCUGCAAGGGCAACUCAAGAGUCUCUACGAAGUGGUGGUCCUGUUUCGGAUGACAUGAGGAUGAGUGAAUCAUCUGGUAAGAGAAAGUACCUUAUGGUCAUUGGUAUUAAUACUGCAUUUAGCAGCAGGAAAAGAAGGGAUUCGGUUAGGGCCACUUGGAUGCCACAAGGUGAGAAAAGAAAGAAGCUAGAGGAAGAGAAGGGCAUUAUAGUACGUUUUGUAAUAGGACACAGUGCUACAUCAGGGGGUAUUCUAGACAGAGCUAUUGAAGCCGAGGACAGAAAGCAUGGAGAUUUCUUGAGGCUGAAUCAUGUGGAAGGGUACCUUGAAUUGUCAGCAAAGACAAAAACCUACUUUGCCACUGCUGUGAACUUAUGGGAUGCUGAUUUCUAUGUCAAAGUUGAUGAUGAUGUUCAUGUAAAUAUAGCAACACUGGGAGAAACUCUAGUAAGACACCGAUCAAAACCACGGAUAUACAUUGGAUGCAUGAAAUCUGGCCCUGUCCUAUCUCAAAAAGGGGUAAGGUACCAUGAACCUGAGUACUGGAAAUUUGGAGAGGCUGGAAACAAGUACUUCCGUCAUGCCACAGGACAAUUGUAUGCCAUUUCAAACGAUUUGGCUACAUACAUAUCAAUUAACCAGAAUGUUCUUCACAAGUAUGCCAACGAGGACGUGUCACUAGGAUCUUGGUUUAUUGGACUUGAUGUGGAGCACAUAGAUGAUCGAAGACUUUGUUGUGGCACUCCUCCAGAUUGUGAGUGGAAGGCCCAGGCAGGGAACAUUUGUGUUGCAUCAUUUGAUUGGAGCUGCAGUGGAAUUUGCAGGUCUGCCGAGAGGAUCAAAGAGGUACAUAGGAGGUGUGGAGAGGGUGAGAAUGCUUUGUGGAGUGCCUCUUUCUAGGAGGCAACAUUGGAGUUCUUCCUAACUCAGGAAGAUUAAUACUAAGGCAAAUAUGAGUCAAGCCUGCAAGAUUUUCUUUUCUUCUCUUCUCUUUUUCUAUAGUUUUGUGCAGUAUAGAGAAAUGUCAUUUUCCAUGAGAAAUCAGGAGUGAGAGAGUGUGAGAGAGAAUAUGGUUGUUGCCCCAUGGACCUUCUGCAUUUUAAGAGGAGAUUGACCAUGGUAGCACAGCUAGUAAGAGGAGACUGUCCACAUCCAUUCUUUGAUGCUUGAAGGGCCACUGAGUUUGUUCAUAGUUUCAUGGCUAUCAAGCUCCUAAUAAAUAGAGAUAUAAUUGGGUGGCUGUUGCUGCCUUUGCUUCUGCCUGAAGUUCAUUUUUUCUGUUUUGGUUGAAAAUUAAAUGAUUCAAUGAUAUAUACUUGUUCUACAUAUACA